AUGGUUGCGGACAUAGAAAAAAUGUACCGACAGGUUCGAGUGCAUUCCAAGGAUACUUCUUUGCAACGAAUAUUGUGGCGAUUUAGUCACGACGAACCUAUUUGUAGCUAUGAGUUAUUAAUUGUAACAUACGGUUUGACCCCCUCAUCUUUUCUCGCCACACGAACCUUACAGCAGCUGGCCUUAGACGAAGGAAAAAGUUUUCCCCUAGGAAGCCUCGCGCUACGCAAGUCGUUUUAUGUCGAUGACUACAUUGGAGGAGCAGAUACGUUGGAUAAGGCUAUUCAGACCCGGUUGGAAUUGGACAAACUGUUAGCCAAGGGCGGAUUCCGACUGCGAAAGUGGACCACUAACAAUUCAAAAGUAUUAGAGGUUAUCGACCCAUCGCAAAUUGGUGCCCAGACUACUCUGCAACUCGACCACGGUCAACCCACCACGGCGCUAGGUGUAAGUUGGGAACCAAAUGCGGAUAAGCUGCUUUUUCAUUCCACAUUAACGCAGGGUUGCGAUCCAUUAACGAAAAGGGCCAUUCUGUCAUCCGUAUCGAAACAUUUCGACCCGCUGGGUCUAACCGCACCGGUAGUCAUUCGGGCAAAAAUGCUGUUGCAGGAUCUUUGGCUUCAACCCUGUGGAUGGGAUGAUGAGGUUUCUGACAAUAUACGGAAAAAAUGGGAAUGUUACCACCACGAUCUUCAAAAAAUUUCUGCUUACAAAGUUAACCGUUGCGUAGUCCUACCCAACUCCACUAUCCAAUUGCACACCUUUGCGGAUGCAUCUCAACAAGCAUACGGUGCAUGUGUUUAUGUUAGAUCUACCGAUCCCCGCGGGCAUGUCCACGUUCAGUUGAUUGCUGCGAAAUCCCGGGUGGCACCAAAAGGAUAA